AUGACGGAGUUGUACCUGCCCUCCCCACAGGCAGGAACUUGGAUCUGCCCUCUCAACUGCUGGUACACUGUGUGUGUUACGUUCCUGGGAAGGUUCUACCAGAGUCUAAAGGACAACGAUGUUGAGUUCACACCUGCCAGUAUUGAAAAGGAGCUCUUGAAAUCCUGCAAAGAAGCAAAAGGCAAAGAGAAUCGCCUGUGCUAUUAUGUUGGGGCCACAAGUGAUGCAGCCACCAAAAUCAUUAACGAGGUAUCAAAGCCCAUGAGUCAUCACAUCCCCGUGGAAAAGAUCUGUGAGAAACUAAAGAAGAAAGACAGUCAGAUCUGUGAACUAAAAUACGGUGAGUUGCCAGCAUAA